CUGUGGUGGGCGCAGAGGAGGCCGCGGAGCCCACGCCACCCUGCCUGUGCUCCUCCACCUGAAGACAACGAUGACGACUACGCUGCUGACGAAGAGGGCGAGGGUGCUGGGUACCAAUCGGCAAAUGAGGUGGUGUGUAUCCACGGGGGAGCCUCAGCGUUUGCAUCCCAUGGCGAAUUCAAGAAGCUCUCCCAGAAGCCGCUGAGCUGGUCCUACACGCCACUUAAUUUCGACGUGAGCGACCACCCCGAGCACACCACGGGUGUAGGCAUCUUGCCCCUGGUGGUCUCCCCGACCAUCAACAACACUCGGGUGACCAAGAUGCUCGUGGACGGGGGCUCAAGCCUGAAUCUCCUAGCCGUGCAGGUCAUGAAGAAGCUGCAGAUAUCCCAGUCCCGCCUGCGUCCCACCAAGACCUUCCAGGGGAUCAAUCCUGGGGAGACGCAGUUGCUAGGACAGAUCACUCUGCCAGCCACCUUUGGGUCGGCGAGCGUCAUCUUCGACGUGGAGGACAUCCUUGGGCGCCCGUCACUGGCCAAGUUCAUGAGUAGGUCUUCAGGGAUGCCGGAGGAGAGAAAGUGGCUAGGGCUGGCCUGGCCAUCACUGGCACCAAGGUCACCUCGCCCAACAAGAAGCCGAAGGUUGAGCCCGGCAAGAAACCAGCCUUAGAAGUGAAGAAGCCACCCAAGGAAAACAGCAAGUCGUCCCGGAAGGUACAGUGAGGUGACACUCGCCUCAAGCGCAGCAGCCGACAAAGCCUAUCCAGGUCAUCUCGGGGAUGACGAGCAGUAUCCAGCCUCAUCCAGACGCAGUUUCCGAGAGUGGCAUGAAAAGUCCGUGUCCGGGCCUGCCCCGCGAACUGCAUGAAAGUCUCAUGUCCGGACCCUGUCUGCGACUGAGCAGUGUGUCUGAGUCACCGUAAGAACAGUGGACUGUAAAACUUUAUUUGGUCUGUAAUGAACCUAAUUAGUUUUAGUUUGCUCUGGAUGAAUCCCUGGCCGUGGAGACGGCGCAUGGAAGAGAUCCUUCAGGGAGGCGGGCAGGCAAGUCAGGGUCAAGUGAAAAAGGGUGUGACGGUCACCAUGCCAGGCACUGCUUCAGUUCCACACCCGGGGCUGCCUUUCGAGCAGAACUGGGUUCGCCCGAGGAGCCCAGGUCGUCGGAUGGAAUCAGCGACCGCCUGCCCACCCCGUGAAUGUCUUCUUUUCAUGAGUUGGUGUUUCACGGCCCCGGAGGUUCC